AUGAAAAGCGAAGACGUAAUUUCCAUAUCAGAGUGCUGCCGAUAAAACAUAAACGAAGCUCCGCGUGACAGCCUCGCGUGACACUGUUGAAAUCACGCGAUUAUAAAAAUUUCGACACCAGUCUAUAAACCCUGAUUCUAGCCUGGCGAGGUUACAAACAAACCAACAUGUCGGCAUUUUCCUGACUUGUAGAAAUAUUUGCGACCACUGUGGGGAUUCAGACUCUAGAACACCGUCGUAGAAUGAUGAGGACACCUUCCAAAACACAGAGAACCUUCUUUUGUAUUCUAGGCAUUGGUUCUACUUUUUUUUCAGCUACACUUUUUCUUACCUUACUGUCGAUGUUUCGACCACCAUUCACAGCUAAUCCCAGUACAGAGACAAACGAAAGUAAAAGUUAUGAGCUACAUUUUCCAAGUGACCUUGAGGAUCUGAAGUCUUUAGCCAGUCUAUUGAAGCAAUACAGACAAGAUAAUUUUGGUUAUGUGAUUCUGCUGUUCUGUAGUGCAUAUUUGUACAAACAGACAUUUGCCAUUCCAGGGUCUGUUUUUAUGAAUUUGUUAGCUGGUGCAAUAUUUGGUAUGUGGGUUGGAUUUCCAUUGGUUUGCACCUUGACUGGAUGUGGAGCCACAUUUUGUUAUCUGUUAUCUAAAGCGUUUGGCAAAGUGCUUUUACUUCAAUAUUUUCCAGACAAAAUCCAGGCCUUGCAGGGCAAGGUCCAAGAGAACCUUGAUGGUCUGUUUUUCUUUUUAUUAUUCUUGAGAUUGUUCCCUAUGUCUCCCAACUGGUUCCUAAACAUGUCAUCGCCAAUUUUGGAAGUACCCAUUACACAUUUCUUUUUCUCAGUUGUAAUUGGUCUGAUGCCAUACAAUUUCAUAUGCUGUCAAACUGGUUGUAUUUUGUCACAGUUGACAUCUCUAGAUGAACUGUUUACUUUAAAUGUUGUCAUCAAGCUCUGUGGCAUAGCUGUUAUGGCAUUAUUACCUGGUUUAAUUGUCAAGAAACUUCACAAAGCCAAAAAAUCCCAUUCCGAUUGACUAGAUUGCUGCAAUUUUUUCAAAAAUUUUAUGAAAAUUAUCUUUUAGGGAAUGUGAAAAUAUGAAUUUUUUGUAGUAUUUAUGAAUUGAGAAUAAAAACUUUUCUCAAUGUGCGGAAGAUUUGGUGGUCAUCAACAUCUUAAUUAUUAUAUGUGUCCUAAUUGUGCUAAUAAAAAUUAUUGAGACAAUUAUUUAAAAUGAAAGCAGAACAUGUACU